GCCAGAAAAUGCCGCAACAUGAAAAGUGACAACCAGAGCUUUUCAGGGGACCCCCCUAAAGCCUUCAUCCUUCUGGGUGUGUCUGACAGGCCAUGGCUGGAACUCCCUCUCUUUGUGGUCCUCAUGCUGUCCUACGUGCUGGCCAUGUUGGGGAACGUCGCCAUCAUCCUGGCAUCUCGGCUGGAUCCUCAGCUCCACAGCCCCAUGUACACCUUCCUCAGCCACCUGUCCUUCCUGGACCUCUGCUACACCACCACUACGGUCCCUCAGAUGCUGGUCAACAUGGGCAGUUCCCAGAAGACCAUCAGCUACGGAGGCUGCACUGUGCAGUAUGCAGUCUUCCACUGGCUGGGAUGCACGGAGUGUGUCCUCCUGGCCGCCAUGGCCCUGGACCGCUACGUGGCCAUCUGCGAGCCCCUGCACUACGCCGUUCUCAUGCACCGUGCUCUCUGUCAGCAGCUCGUGGCUCUGGCCUGGCUCAGUGGCUUCGGCAACUCCUUCGUGCAGGUGGUCCUGACUGUGCAAUUGCCGUUCUGCGGGCGGCAGGUGCUAAACAACUUUUUCUGCGAGGUCCCGGCCAUGAUCAAGCUGUCGUGUGCCGACACAGCUGUGAAUGAUGCCACGCUGGCUGUGCUGGUGGCCUUCUUCGUGUUGGUGCCCCUGGCUCUCAUCCUUCUCUCCUAUGGCUUUAUUGCCCGCACAGUGCUCAGGAUCCAAUCCUCCAAGGGACGACACAAGGCCUUUGGUACGUGUUCCUCCCACCUGAUGGUCGUCUCCCUCUUCUACCUACCUGCCAUUUACAUGUAUCUUCAGCCCCCUUCCAGCUACUCCCAAGAGCAGGGCAAAUUUAUUUCUCUCUUCUAUUCCAUAAUCACCCCCACUCUCAAUCCCUUCAUCUAUACCCUGAGAAAUAAAGAUGUGAAGGAGGCUCUGAGAAGACUCCUGGCCAGGAUCUGGAGGCUCUGUGGACGAUGAGGACGUGAGAUGUAGUGUCUCCAUCAAUUGAAGAACACUGCACAAGUCUAAUGUGCACUCAGAGCAU